AAGGCCAGGCAGGGCGCAGGUCCCAUAUGCGCUGGGCACGGGGAUGCCCAGGACAGGGGGACGCCCUGAUCGCCACCUCGGCACGGCCACGGCUGGGGGGCUCUGUGUGUGUGCGUGUGUGUGCGCCCUUAUCCCCCUUUGCUUUUGUGCCCGGGGAGAUUCUGGCACUAACGUGCUUCGGACAGAAACUUUACACCAUCCAGCGGCCUCACACCGCCGGCCCGGCCCUGCCCUCCCCUCCGCCGGAGCCUUGCUGGGACAGCCCGGGCUUCCCUGGACAUGGGCGAUGGUGAGGGGCUGCACCAUGUGCCUCCGGAGCCACCCACUCGCCCUCCGUUACCCAGAGAGAGAUGGCGGAUUCCUGUACCUGCAAAGGUGGAAGGAAAACUGCAGGCUCCAACAAACCUGCUGCCAGCAAAGACGGCAGGACGGAGACGAGGAUAAACCCGCCGGUGGAGCUGCCCAAGCUCGGAAAUGCAACCACUGACAAAGCAGAAGGCAGGAAGAAAGGACGACCCAAGGCUGAGAACCAGGCACUGAAAGAUAUCCCUCUCCCCCUGAUGAACCAGUGGAAGGACGAAUUCAAAGCCCACUCCAGGGUGAAAUGUCCCAAUUCAGGCUGCUGGCUGGAGUUCCCCAGCAUUUAUGGCUUGAAGUACCACUAUCAGCGCUGCCAAGGGGGUGCUAUCUCCGAGAGGCUGACGUAUUCAUGCUCAUACUGCGAAGCUGCCUUCACCUCCAAAACCCAGCUGGAAAAGCAUCGGCUCUGGAAUCACUUGGACAGGCCAGUGCCAACCAGCAAAGCAGAAAACAAAGUGACAAAGGCCAUUGGGAAGAGCAGUGGCAAGAAAAGAGCUGCUGAGAGUUCAGCUUGCCCCACCAUCCAUCCCAAACAGGCAAAGACGGAAAAAGCCGUGGGCCAGGAGCACACUGAGAACGGCGAGUGCCCGGCGGAGAGCCGGGAGAGCAAAGAGUUCCAGAUCGCUGCAGCCGAGGCUGUGGCAGCUGCCACCCCCACGGCCAAGUCCUCGAGUGGCAAAGAUGUCUCCCAGCAGGGGGGCAGCCAGGCCUCACUGCAGGAGGAAGACCCCGAGAGGAUGAAGCACAGAAGGAAACAGAAAACUCCUAAGAAGUUUACGGGGGAGCAGCCAUCCAUCUCGGGAACGUUUGGACUGAAAGGACUCGUUAAAGCAGAGGACAAGGCAAAGGCCCAUCGAGCCAAGAAGUUGGAGGGGAACACUAACACAGAGGAGCUGAAAAAGAAACCUCCAGGAGCUGGUGUGAAGAAGGAAACGGCUGUGCAUGUACCAGCAGCAGCAAACCCUGAGGAUCAGUGGCAGCGGGAGAUCAGUGAGAAGGGGGAAGUUUCCUGUCCAACCUGCAGUGUUAUAACCAGGAAAACUAUUGUGGGGCUCAAAAAGCACAUGGAUGUCUGCCAGAAGCUGCAGGAUGCCUUGAAGUGUCAGCACUGCAAAAAGCAGUUCAAGUCCAAAGCUGGGCUGAAUUACCACACCAUGGCUGAGCACGUCAGCAAGCCUGUUCCUGUGGAAACUGCUGGGCUUGGUGAACAGGAAGAGAGGGAAAGGCUGAGGAAAGUGCUAAAGCAGAUGGGAAAACUGAAAUGUCCCAAUGAGGGCUGCAUGGCCAACUUCUCCAGCCUGAUGGGCUACCAGUACCACCAGAAGCGGUGUGGGAAGCAGCUGGCUGAGGCCGACAAGCCCACCUUCAGCUGCCCACACUGCGGCAAGAAGUACAAGUCCAAGGCCGGCCACGACUACCACGUGCGCUCAGAGCACGCGGCCUCAGUGAGCCCCCCGGACACCUCCACAGCCCGAGGAGAGGGGCCAGACCCCCCUGGGGGUGACUGCAGAGCUGCAGAGCCUGUGGGCAGGACAGAGCCGGGCAGGGCCGGGCCAGCCAAGCCUGCAGAGGAGCCAGAGGUGAAGCCCGAGCCCAGCCCCGUAGAGGAUUUCGAAAGGACCCCAAGCGGCCGCAUCCGCCGGACGUCGGCACAAGUCGCCGUCUUCCACCUGCAGGAGAUUGCAGAGGAUGAGCUCUCCAAGGACUGGACCAAGAGGAGGAUGAAGGACGACCUGGUGCCUGAGACCAAGCGGCUCAACUACACCCGACCAGGGCUUCCAAAGCUCAGUCCCAGGCUGCUGGAAAACUGGAAGAAUGAGGUGAAGGAGAAGGGUCGCAUCAACUGUCCCAACAACUGCUGUGAUGCCAUUUACUCCAGUGUCUCAGGGCUGAAAGCUCACCUGGCCAACUGCAACAAGGGGGAACACUCAGUGGGCAAGUACCGCUGCCUGCUGUGCCAGAAGGAGUUCAGCUCUGAGAGCGGGGUCAAAUACCACAUCAUCAAGGCUCACUCAGAGAACUGGUUCCAAACCUCCGCAGAGGCCAACCGGAGAAAGAAAAGCAGGGAACAGCUCUGUUCCAGCAAAGAGGACAACAAGAAAAGCACAAACGGCAAGAAAAGGGGGAGAAAACCCAAGGAGAGGCCUCCAGAAACCUCCCCGAAGGGCAGAGAGAGUGUGGCAGCAAAGACUAAUCACAAGAAAAGCCCGGAGGCCUGGGAAGGCUGCCGGGACAGCCCCGAGGGGGAGGAGCGUGGCCCCAAGCCCCCGAGCCAGCGCAAGGCAGGAGCCAGUAAGAUGCCCGAGAAAUGAGCAGCUCAGAGACUCGCCUCCGAGGAUUUGUUUACAAGCCCAGGGUAACAGGGUGGGGGGGUCUCUCCCAGUUUUGUGUCCCGGCCCAGCUGCCCCCGUCCCCCCCCUCCCCACCCUCCACUCACCCCCUUUUUGCAAAAAAAGAAGAAAAAGAAGGAAAAAAAAGAGACAGAAAACACCAAUUAACCACUUUAAACAAGUCAUGGACCUCGUUUCACACUGGAAAACAAACAGGAUCAAGCAACAGGACCUUCCUCUCCCUGCUGCCCCUGUACAUACCCUCCUGCCCGGCAGGACCCCACUGUCUCCCCCUGCCCAUGACCCCCCACCCCCUGCACCCAACUGGGGACACUUGAGCGAAAGAAAAGUGCAAUAGCCGUGGGAUCCCCCUGCUGGGGCCUGUCCCUGGGCUCCAUCCUCCUGGGGUGACACUUCCAAAGAUGUGAGAGGGGCUGGGGGGCAGCUGGGGGCAUCUUCCCCACAGCCUCGGGACAAGUGCUUGGGCAGGGACUGGCUCUGUGGUGUGGGGGCUCUGUGGUUUUGGGGCUCUGAUUUUGGGGCUCUGUGGUGUGGGGGCUCUGUGCUGGCUCAGUGCUGGGGUUUGUGUGGUGAGGAAGGAGCUGGGAGGGUGGCGUUGGGCAUCGUCCCCAGCAGCGGGGAGGGAUGUGUGGG